GGACGAUCACUUCUUGAAGGGUUUUUAUGCCGGUAGCUGAUAAUAAGAUGUCAAGUCGCUCCCGGAGCGAUCUUUUGUUCUUUCCCAUACUCCAUACAUACUUGCCUCGAGUGCCCAUACAUAAUGACCUCUCUACUACGGCUAUCAACACGCCAAUUGGCGCGCCCUUCCAUCGCAUCUAUUGCUGGCUCGAUCAUCAGGCUACCCGCUCAGCGAAAUUAUGCCCAGGAUUCCAAUAAGUCGAGCAGCGGCAAACACGAUGCGACUCGGGACGCGGGCACUUCAGAGAGCCCGCUGCCCAACCACCCGAUUCCUUCCAACAAUGCAAAGCCCACACUACGAGAUGGCCGGUCGUCGCCCAUUGCCGAUUUUGAAGGUAAUCUGAAGGACGAUGUACCUGAGGAUGUGAAGAAACAUAAUGAAGAAGUGGAGAACCGAUAUGACCGACCGUACAACCACAUCGCCGAUCAGGGGAAGGUGGAGGAGAAUGGGUGGAAGAAGAAGUGA